AUGCGUUACUAUUUGUUUAUAGUUGCGUGCUGCUAUCUAUAUGUUGCCUGUGAUACACAUCAAAAGACAACACAGCAACAACAAGAAAUAGCUCAGCAAGAAAUAACUCCUUUAUUCUCAGGAGAGAAAGCGUACGAAUAUGUUAAACAGCAAGCUGCUUUUGGGCCAAGGCCUACAGGUAGUAACGCUAAUAAAAAACUACGCCAAUGGUUGACAACGCAAUUGCAAGAUAAUCAUUGGGCAGUUUCCCGUCAACAAUUUCAAUCCCCGAAAAAUACAGUUAGCGAAAAUAUUAUUGCGACACGCGGAGAAGGGCGUACAGUACUCCUUGGUGCUCAUUACGAUACACGUUUAAUCUCAGAUGAAGAUCAAGACACAACACAGCGCCAAAAUCCCGGUAUUGGGGCAAAUGAUGGUGCUUCUGGUGUGGCCGUCUUAUUAGAAUUAGCACGUAUUCUAAAGCCUGAAGAAUUGGAUUUACGAAUUUGUCUAGCUUUUUUUGAUGCCGAGGAUAACGGCAAUAUUGAUGGAUGGCAGUGGAUUCUUGGUAGUUCUUACUAUGUCGAAAAUCCUGGUUUUAUUACAGACUGUGAUCGGCCAAAUGCUGUUGUUGUAGUUGACAUGGUUGGUGAUCGAGAUUUACAGAUUUAUCGUGAUUUUGGCGCAACAGCUUCUUUAGAAACUGCACCUUGGCAACAAGCAAAAAAACUUAAAAUCUCUGCCUUUCAAGCGAACUAUCGCUAUCGAAUUUUGGAUGACCAUGUCCCAUUUCUUAGGCAAGGUAUACCGGCAGCCAUUCUUAUUGAUUUUGAAUAUCCUUACUGGCAUACAACUGAAGAUACGGUGGAUAAAGUUACGGCAUCAAGUCUGAGCCAAGUUGGUCAGGUUAUUGAAGCCUGGAUUACAAAUGGAGCUCAGUUUUAA